UCCGCGGCCUGGCGUAAUCUCCGCGGCCGGCAGCCAGAAGCGCCGGGCUGGGGCGGGCCGGCGGCGCAGCAGCCAAAUCCCAGUCAGGUGAGGAGCUCAGUCGGCAGCUUUUCGCCCGCUGUCUGGGCUGUAGCUGUGGGGAAGCAGCGAGCGAGUGGUGCGGCGGUGAGCUGUCGGGAGGUAUGACACCGAAGCACAAGGUAAUCGCCCUGCCGUUUUCUUUAGUAGCUGAAAGCUGCAGCUAGCGGGUGACUAACGGGGUAUGUUUUCUGCUCUGACUUAAAUGAAGAAAGUGCAUGGGCUGUGGUGUUGAGCGUGGGAAAGCUCUCUGUAGCUACUGUAAGGCUUUAUGAAAGUUGGAUGUUUCUGUCAUAAAGAAGUGAACCAUUGAGAAGAAUCCCAAUGGCUAGAGAUGGAAGGCAAAAAUCUGUGUGUUAAUACAAUAGUAACUUCAUUUCUUUGGCACCUUUUAUUCCUGUAGUGUAGUUUACUAAAUUUUGCAAAGGAAAUCAAAUUCAGCCCAUGCUAAGAAUGGAGUACCAGCCCCUGCUGAGAGGGUCUAGCACACGCAGCAAGUUCCCCAGCUGGACCUUGUUUCUGGCUGUUUGUGCUGUUGGAAUUGGAGGGACCUUUCAGUAUGGGUAUAAUGUUUCCAUUAUCAAUGCACCCACCCAGCAUAUACACAAGUUCUUAAAUGAAACCUGGACUAGUCGUUAUCACAAGGAACUAAAUCCAGAGUUGCUGACUUUUCUUUGGUCUGUCAUUGCUUCUAUAUUUUCGCUUGGAGGCCUGUGUGGAGCCCUUAUUGGAGGCAGCAUGGCAAUUCGGCUAGGCAGGAAAGGAGCUCUUUUGAUGAAUAAUAUUAUAGCAAUACUGGCCUCCAUUUUAAUGGGGAUCAGUUUUCCUACAGGAUUGUUUGAGUUACUGAUUGCUGGAAGGUUUUUGAUUGGCAUAAAUUCAGGUAUUGGGAUCUGUGUGCAGCCUCUGUAUCUUGGAGAGGUUGCCCCAAAACAUCUUAGAGGUGGCAUGGCCAUGGGGAGUUCCAUCUUUCUGACUGGAGGGAUUCUGACAGGACAAAUAAUUGGUUUGAGGGAAUUACUAGGUGCAGAAACGUAUUGGCCUCUGUUGCUAUCCAGCAGCUGUUUCCCAGCAUUUGCCCAACUUCUAUUCCUGCCAUGGUUUCCUGAAAGUCCCAGAUAUCUUCUUAUUGACAGAGGUGAUGAGCUGAGCUGUGCCAAAGCUUUGAAACAAUUUCAUGGUUCUUCAGAGUAUCGAAGGGAGAUGGAAGACAUACAGCAGGAAUGUUUUGCCUUAGACGGGGAGAAACCCAAGAAGCCCUGGCAAUUAUUCACUGAUCGUGGUGUGAGAUGGCAGCUCAUUACUGUGAUUGUGAUGACUAUGGGCCAACAGCUCAGUGGGAUAAAUGCCAUUUAUUUCUAUGCAACUUACAUUUUUGAACAAGCUGGGAUCUCAGCAGAAAAAAUCCCGUAUGUGACACUUGGCACUGGAGCUUGUGAAUGCCUCACAGCUCUCACCUGUGGUUUACUGAUAGACUACGUGGGAAGAAGAUACCUCAUCAUUGGGGGUUAUCUCCUUAUGACCCUUUGGAGCAUUGUUUUAACAUUCUCUCUGACUUACCAGGAACUGUACUCAUGGGUGCCUUAUGUGAGCAUGACAUCUAUAUUUGCCUUCAUCUUGAGUUUUGGGUUGGGACCAGGUGGCAUAACAAAUACCCUGACAGCUGAAUUAUUUAUACAGUCUUCACGUCCUGCUGCCUACAUGAUAGGAGGGACUAUUAGUUGGAUUAGUUUCUUCACAAUUGGAAUGCUCUUUCCCUUUAUAGUGAAUGGACUGAAGCAGUAUUGUUUUCUGGUGUUCUUAUUGGAGUGCUCCUUAGUUGCUGCUUUCAUCUUCCUCGUAAUUCCCGAGACAAAAAACAAAUCUUUUCUGGAAAUCAAAAAGGAAUUUCACAAGCUUAAUUUUGGAAGAAAUACCAAAAAAAAGGAAACAGCGCUUUAUGAAAGAAGACAACUCCAUGAUGAAUUUUAAAAUUUGCAUAAUUUCACAGCUGUUACAGAACUUUAAUAAGAAUUACAAACAGCAUCUUCUAAAUUAGCAGUGUAAUACCAUGAACAAGUAGCUUAUUAAAUCCUCCUGUAUAUUUGGAGGAAGUUUAAACGCAGGUUAAUCUUGCUGAAAUGCUGUUAAAACAUAUAUUGCUGAAAUGCUAUUAACAACAUAUUAUAUUAUACAUAGGAGAUGAUGUUUAACUACAACUUGAUGUUGUAGGGACACACAAAUGCCAGGAGAGGGUGUUCAGCGAAUUCCUCCCCCGCAGCAGAUUUCUUCAGAUAAUUCAGUAGCUUUUCUUAUAUUUCUAAGCCCCUUCUUCAGAUUCAGGUAAUCAAGCAUAUGUUAAUGCUUUACGGAAUAAAAUAUUUGAGGCAUUAAAAUCCAAACAAGAACUGACCUGCUGAGAAAAUGAUAUUUGAAAUAUUCUAGUUCAUAUAUAAAUUGGGGUAUUUAGUUGCUGGUUUUCACUUAAGUAACUUCUUUGAAAGAUUUAAGGACAUUCCUCAUCUAGUCCUACUACUAUAACUGGUCAAAGACAGGAGAGCACCUAUCUGAAUUACUGUUAUACCUAUCUGAAUUACUGUUAUUUGUAAUAAAGUGUAUUAGAAAGACUUGUUUCCAGCACUAAUAAAAGAGUUUCUGGAGUCUGAGUUUAUUUUUUUGCCCUAACCUAGCAUCUUAACAUUUUAAACUGUCCAACAGGGUAAAACCUCCUCUAGUUUUGGAGGUCAGUUCUUGGCAGAUUGAGAUCAACAUCACAAAAAGUACUAAAUAGCAGAAAGGACAGAUGACAGCAAUUAAAUACUUUUCACCUGUAAAGACUUUUCAAGAUGGUCUGAUAGAACACAUAUAAGGAGACUAGAGAGGGCUUGAAGGACCUAUUGAAUGAGCUUUCUGCUUAAUCUCCAACAUUUCAUCCAGGACUCUUUCUCAACUUAAAAUAAAUUCUCUAUACUUUAGUAGUCAAAAAGCAAGAAAUCUUAAUUACAUACGGUGUUCGUGUGCCUCUCUGAUACUCAUUUCCAUGCCUGUAACUGCUAGGACCGUAGUCCUACCUUACGUUACUACAUCUUUUCCUGGCUGUAAGCAUUUCUUGAUUCCAUCUGUUAACUUACUAAAGUGCC